ACUUCAACUUGAGCACAAGAACUACAAGCAACACUUUGAUGCGCGCUCUGUAAUUUCUGACUAUGUACGGUGUUUCUUCAGCUGAGGAUGAGUUCUUCACUUUCUGGAAAUCUCUUGGACCCAAACCUCAUACAACCUUAAGAUGUUUCGAAAGAGGAGAAAUAAUGACUCUUCAUGACACUGAUGCUGUAUUGGUGGCGAAGGACUAUUUCAAAAACCCAUCUCUUGUGAAACGUUAUUCAAAGGGAAAGUCAAGCCUGUCGUAUAUUACAGUUAAAAAACAGAACAGCGACUUUCUUAGACAUUUUCUUCUAAGGAGGCAGUAUCGCGUUGAAAUAUACUGUUCGAAUACCAAGUGUGGCAGAGAUAACGAAUGGAGCUUAAAACUGAAGGCUUCUCCAGGAAACUUGGGUCCGGUUGAAGAUCUUCUCAUGACUGCAUCAGAUUCCGUUGAAGCUUGCGGUCUUUGUGCACUAAAUAUAAAAGAACUGAACGGACAGAUACAAGUAUAUUUAGCCUUCUGUCACAAGGAAGGUCGAAAGUUUCUCGUUGGCGAAUUUGUGGACUCUGUACACCUGGCAAACCUGGAGACUGCCCUUGUUCAGCUAGAGGCUAGAGAGUGCCUUAUACCUGUUGGACUAGUUUCACAUCCAGAUAAUUCCAAGUCUUCUAAUGCUACGUCUUUGGACGCCGCUAUCUCGGAACAUAUUGGUCUUAUUUUUGAAAGAACUGCAAUUUUACCUUCAGAAAUAAAACGCUCUGAAUUCUCACAUACAAACACGGUUCAAGACUUAAAUCACUUGUUGCGAUCUUCACGAAAAGAAUUUCCCAAUGUCUCUGUGAUGUACGAAAAAGAACUUCUCCUUACAGGCGCUUUGACUUGCCUUAGUGCAAUUAUUAACUUCCUUGAUCUUAAAGGUGAUGAUAUGAACGCCAACGCGUUCACUUUAGAAACGUUCAGCCUUGAAACUCAUGUGCGUCUGGACAGUGCUGCAUGUAGGGCUUUGCAUUUAUUACCUGGACCAGAUGAUAAAAACAAGUUCCACAGUGUCUUUGGGACGUUGAAUAAUUGUCGAACAACUCAAGGUCAACGUCUUUUAGCUCAGUGGCUUCGACAACCGCUACUAGAUAAAGCAAAAAUUGAGGAGCGCCUUGAUCUGGUUGAAUCAUUGGUUGAAGAAACUUGUUUACGUCGAGGCCUAAAUGAGGAUUUCUUACGACGGAUUCCUGAUUUACAACGUUUAGGUCGACGUUUGCAAAAGAAGAAAGGUUCUGGUCUCCAGGACGUUUAUCGAAUUUAUCAGGCUGUUAUCCGUCUGCCUCAUGCAAUUUCGCUACUGCGACAAUAUACUGGCUCGAAGCAACCCAUUCUUCAGGAAUGUCUAGUCACACCCUUACAAGAAUCAGUAACUGAUUUUUCACAAUAUAAAGAAAUGGUGGAAUCCACUAUUGACUUGGAUUAUGUCAGUCAACGAAACGAGUUCAUUAUUCGUGCAGAUUUUGAUGACGACCUUCGAGAGCUAAGAGAGAAGCUAAAUAGUUUGGAGGAAAGAAUAAAAGAAGAAUUUGGACGAUUUAUAUCAAAACAUCAUGAGUUAGGAACUGAAACAGUGGUUCUCCAAUUGAUGUCAGUCCGUGAUGAAUGCCUUCUUGAAAAAAUUCCCAUUCUCCUAAAAAUAUAUACUUAUCUAACCAGCAACAUUCUAUUCGUCCAGUGGUUUAUGUCCCAAAUGACCUGAAGAACGUCAUUGAGUUAUCGACAGAAUGUUUUGCAAAUUGUCCACUUAUCAUCAGUCCUCAAUCAAAUAUUCCUACUAACUGGAUUCCACACAUAUGUAUUUCAUCAGAUUGCAAAGACGUUAUGCCAUCAGUUUUGUGUAAGAUGAGCUCAAAUUCGAUUUUAAAAGAGUAUCAUUUACUUGUUUCUUAUCACAUUUUUUGUCAAGUGGUAUCUCACACAGUUGCAACUUAUACUUUAUAAAUUAGUUUUUCUCAGGGAUCAUGACUUUGUCCUGAUUGAAUUUUCAGCUUGUUCACGAGGAUUUCUCCCUCAUUUCUUUUAACGAAAUUAACAUGUCAUGCAACCGGUUGGUAAAUAGCAUUUCAAUGCUUGAAUUUCGUAACAAUUUUCUGCUUCACUACAUUGACAAGUAUUAAUUAGUCACAGAUUGUAUGACAUCCCCACCAUACUGUCAUGAGUAUGUAAUUUAUUAUCUUUAGUUUGUGUACUGUCCAUUGGUUUUUAAUGAAACCUAGAUGCAUAUAUAUUUUGGUGAUAAUGGCUAGUAAAAUCAGAUACACCAGUCAAAUCUGAAGAUAAAUGCACAGUUUUAUAUCUGAAGUAUUCAUGGUUCUCUUUUCCCUUGUAAUUUCACUGAACCAGUAGUAAAAGCAUUUUCUACAAUAUCAAAAGCUACGCAUUGUAGGCGAAGAUUUUUAUGUUGACGGUUUUUCAUAAUAUUUCAUUUACUAAGCACUUGAACUGUAUACCUAAUUAUCUUAAUGUACAUUCACACAAACACCAUAAACGCUAAUUUUAGAAUUCAUUAUUGUAAUUCCCUUUACAAACCAAUUUUAAACAUAAACUGUCUUAUACCUGAGUCGUGCCCACCUUUUCAAACCCAAUCUAUUAUGUUCGUUAUGAUUUCAUAUGUCUUAUUUUCUUAAUUAAUAAUUCAUGAAGUUUUUGCAAAUUAUCCAUUUGUGAAAUUUUAACAUAGUAAUGCUAACGUUGCUAUGACAUCUACAUUUUGGCUUUCAAUUCAGAAAAAACUAUCUGUAUGCUACUUGGUCAUCAAAUAGAACUCGAGUUCACUCUUUUCCAUUUAAACGUGGUUAUUUCACACAUAAUAUUGAAACUAUAUUGCAUGUUACCUGACGAUCGUUCAUUAGUAGUGUCAGAACUCAUCUGUAUUUUCGCAAACUGCUUUUCAUGAUCAUAAUCAUAUCCUUCCUUAACACAACAUAUUUUUGUUUUAUGAUCCAGCACUUUACCUUCCAAUAUUCCUUGUUCAUCCAACUAUGUUUGAUUUUGGUUAGCAAAGCUAGAACAACAAAUUUUGCAGAAUACGAUAAAUUUAUUAUAUUUC